UCCUGUUGGGAUCCAUGCAUCAAGGGCAAAGGGGACCCUGGGGCGUCCCAGGUUGGCAGCGCCUCGGUGUGCCUGAGUGUUUCCAACAGCAGCGGCGGUCGAUGGGGACAGUACACAGUGAUGAUGGCCCACUUCUACCUGAAGAGGAAGAUUGGAUAUUUUGUCAUCCAGACGUACAUGCCCUGUUUCAUGACUGUAAUCCUGUCCCAGGUGUCAUUCUGGCUAAACAGAGAAUCUGUUCCUGCUCGGACCGUCUUUGGGGUGACCACCGUACUGACCAUGACCACUCUCAGCAUCAGCGCCAGGAACUCGCUCCCCAAAGUGGCCUACGCCACAGCCAUGGAUUGGUUCAUUGCCGUCUGUUAUGCAUUCGUCUUUUCCGCCCUCAUUGAGUUCGCAACAGUGAACUACUUCACCAAAAGGAGCUGGGCCUGGGACGGCAAGAAGGCUAUGGAAGCGCAGCACCCAAAGAAACGAGACCCCUUGGUGCUGUCCAAGAAGCCCAACAACGUCUGCUCGGCCGGCGUCAACUACACCCCCAACCUCACCAAGGACGUGUCCGUCUCCACCAUCUCCAACACGGCGUCGGUCCAACUCCGUGCCGCCGCCGAGACCAAGGUGCCAGACGCCAAGAAGACCUACAACAGCGUCAGCAAGAUAGACAAGAUGUCGCGGAUAGUGUUCCCUGUCCUCUUUGGAACCUUCAACCUCGUCUACUGGGCCACGUACCUAAACAGAGAAUCGGUGGUGGUGAAGGGAGUGGUCACCUCUACAUAAUUUUGUGUGUCUGUUUCUGCAUUAACAAACUGCGCUUGAGGAAGAGAAACAAAACUAUACCCAGCUAGCGAAUUCAAGCGCUUUAAAUGCAAGUUUGCAACUAUAUCCAUUUCCUGAUUUUCAUUGCC